AUGUCUGCGGAUGAUGCGUUUACUCCUUUCCUCCCACGGGACGGUGAUGAGCUGGUAAACCCGCAAGCGUAAGCUUCGAUCCUUUUUCCAAAUAUUUUUUUUACGUUUAGAUAAUUUUUAGAUAAUAAUUUUUAAUUUUAUUCCCUUCUGAUGAACAGCUAAGCCUCUUAGCCACAUUAAAUUUAUUUUUAGACCUGAAAACAUCCAACCUCGAGAAGAGAUUCUCACCAAGCUUCAAGAACUACUGCCCAAAUGCCCCACCACAACACUGCAUCAACUUAAUGAAGUUUCCCGUCAAUGCAACGACAUCCAUCUCGGAACAUGGCUGAGCCGAGUAACCUGCACGUUCGUCGGUCGCCCUCAACAUCUACCACCGGCCCCUACUCCACCAACUCUUUAUACCGCUCCGUCCAAUCAACCAGUGGCCGCAUCAACACAUGAUCAUCCAUCUUCAUCCAGAGCACAACGUCAGCAACACUACACGUCCCCCCAUGACAACAACCAAUUGACGGCUCUGCUCGCCAAUCUACUCGCAAAUACCCUCAACAAUCAUCCGCCACACUACAAUCGCGGACGACGCGGAGGUCGCUGA